AUGCCGCGUCUGGUCGGCGCCCAAAAUCCCCACCGAAAAGUCCCCCGUACUGCGCGCGGAGGGACACAUGGUGUGCGAGUGAGUCAAAGCUCCCAGCAUCCCUCCCAGACCCGGCCCUUGUCAAGCCCGCGCCUGAGCCUUUCCGCCACUGCCUUCAGCCGCAGAUCGCUCUCCCACUCACUCCCCGACCUCGUUCUAGCGGGAGGAAAGGGGCGACAGGAUCUGAUUUUUCUUUUUAACGGUCGAGAGGGAAAUAUGCCAUUUGUAAAGCUUGAGCCACACAAAGAAAGCGGCGGAAUGAUCCGCUCUCGGCGACCGCAAGUCCCGGCUCGCCCGGCGCCUGCGCGGCACAGGGGUGGGAGCUGCGGCCGGCCAUGUGCGCGGUGGAGCAGCCCGGCUGGUGGCCUAUCCUUCCCGCCUCUUUCUGCGGGGGCUGGCGGUUGGGAAACUAAAGAACAGGGUGAUGAGGAGCCUCUCCUUCUGCACCAUCUGCCUCCUGAGCAUGCUCCAGGCCAUCACCAUCAGCCUCUGCAUCUCCGGUUGACCAGGUUUAAAUAUAAAUUCACAAAUUUCACUACCCAUAUUUUUUUCUUCUCAUGGUUCCUCAGUUUGUUGUGCAACAAGUUACCUUAUCUUCUAUACUGCACCAAAGGUAAUUUGUGAAGCCCUGCUCUAGAGG